CACUGAGUUGCCUCAUCUGGAGCAGGACUCAAGUCCUGGUUAAAAGCAAUGGUAUUUGAGCUAGUUAAGCAAGUAUCUCUCCCUCAUUCCAUAGGGAAUGAGCUGGGCUGUGGUUGCUCAGCAUGUCCACCUGCACUUCGUUAGAGAGCAGAGUGUUAACAUGCCACACCACAAGAGCCCCACAAUGACAUAACUCCAUUCAGAGACUGCAGUGACUCUGCUGGUCCCCCCCCCCACCCUCCUCAGCUCUGGUAUCACUAAGAAUCUGGCAGCCAGUUCCUUCCCGACAGAGUUUACAGCAUAUAUUGGUGGAUUCUUGUCCCAGUGCAUCUGCUUUAAGAAUUAAAGGAAGCAGUGUCAAGAAAUCGAGGAUUCAAGGCAUUUGCUGAAAAUGAACCUAGGUGCAUUUACUCUCGUCUUGGCAUUAAUUAGUGGUGCCAGUGGCCAGUACUAUGAUUAUGAUUUCCCUCUAUCCAUUUAUGGGCAAUCAUCACCAAAUUGUGCACCAGAGUGUAACUGCCCUGAAAGCUACCCAACCGCCAUGUACUGCGAUGAGCUGAAACUGAAAAGUGUGCCCAUGGUGCCCCCUGGAAUCAAGUAUCUUUACCUUAGGAAUAACCAGAUUGACCAUAUCGAUGAAAAGGCCUUUGAAAACGUAACUGAUCUGCAGUGGCUCAUUCUAGAUCACAACCUUCUGGAAAACUCCAAGAUAAAAGGAAAAGUGUUCUCUAAACUGAAACAGCUGAAGAAGCUGCAUAUCAACUACAACAAUCUGACAGAGUCUGUGGGCCCACUCCCCAAAUCACUCGAGGAUCUGCAGCUUACUCAUAACAAGAUCUCUAAACUUGGCUCCUUUGAGGGACUGGUAAACUUGACCUUCAUCCACCUCCAACACAAUCAGCUCAAAGAGGAUGCCAUCUCAGCAGCCUUAAAAGGUCUCAAGUCACUUGAGUACCUCGACUUGAGCUUCAAUCAGAUGACCAAACUGCCUUCUGGUCUCCCAGGAUCUCUUCUAACCCUCUACCUAGACAACAACAAGAUCAACAACAUCCCCGAUGAGUAUUUCAAGCGUUUUAAUGGGCUGCAGUAUCUACGUUUAUCUCACAAUGAGCUGGCUGAUAGUGGGGUACCUGGAAAUUCUUUUAAUAUAUCAUCUCUGKUGGAGCUGGAUCUCUCUUAUAAUAAACUUAAGAGCAUACCCACAGUUAAUGAAAAUCUUGAAAACUAUUACCUGGAGGUCAAUGAACUUGAAAAGUUUGACGUAAAAAGCUUCUGUAAGAUUCUGGGGCCAUUGUCCUACUCCAAGAUCAAGCAUCUGCGUUUGGAUGGCAAUCGUCUCACCCACACCAAUCUGCCACCUGAUAUGUAUGAAUGUCUACGUGUAGCAAAUGAAAUCACUGUCAAUUAAUACCUUCUAAUUCCAGUUACAUGAGGUGUAUCCUGGGGCAGUACUUUAUGGUUAGGGUUUUUUUUUUUUUUUUCCUUUGUGUGUAAAGUUUUCAGAGUAUCCAUUUUUUGUUGUUGUUCAUUACUUUCAUGAGUUUUAAGUUCAAAGGGAAAAUGUUUUGUAAACAUUUACCACUUUAAAAAAAAAGAUGAAAAGCAGGCCUAUUUCAUCAUGAGGAGACACAUACACACACACACACACACACACACACACACACAAAUAGACAUCAAACACAAUGCUUUAUUUGUAAAUUUAUUAUUUUCUAUACCUCUACUGUCAAAUAAUAUACAAAACAUUUUACUGUUUGCAUGGAAUUUAGCCAAGUUUUAUAGCCCCUAAAUCUUAAUUUAAUGGACCUAAAAGCAUGGUGGUCUCAGUAUAUAAGGAYGUGUAUUGUCUUAGCUCAAACCAUCUUGCUAUGUUCAAAUUUGUUCUGUUGAAAAAUAAGUGGUAUAUGUUGAGACCAAUAUUUUUGCAAAAUAGUAAACAGAAUUUAUGAAGCCACCUGCACCAAAAGAAUUAUUUCCAGUGUUAAGAAUUUUCAUAUUUACCCAAUGAAGCUUUUCUUUUAAAGGAUUGUUUUUCAUUCUAAGUCAUGUAUGUUUCUUUUUUAUUAUUUGCAUGUUGUGUUUAACAAGCUAAUAGCAAAAUAAAACAUACCAAAUGGCA